AUGUCUGAUGACAUGUUUCGGGUAGUGGUCCACCAUGGUGGGACCUUGAUCAAAGAAGUCCCCUUUAAUUAUAUAGGCGGAGAGAUAGUUAAUUGGGACGUAGACCCCGAUAAAUGGUGUUAUUUUGGAGUAUUAGGUUCACUUAACCAUAUGGGAUACAUGCAAGUAGAAGAAUUAUAUUACAGUGUCCAACAUGUUCUACAUAAGGUUGAGAAUGAUAAAGGAGCUAUGAACAUGAUUAAUGUGGCUAAGUAUUUAGGGGAAGUGAACCUGUAUGUUGUGCAUGGGGUGGACGAAGCAACUAUCUUAGAAAAUGAUGAGAAUGAGAUUCAUUUGCUAUGUGAAGGGCAUGCAGAGAGUGGUGAGGAUAGUGGCGUAGGAGGAGAAGCACAUGUUGAGGGUGGUGAAGAAGGAAUGGAAGACAUAGUGGAGGGUGCAGUGGAGGUUGAGAAUGAGUAUGCAGUGGAUGUUGAGAAUGAGUAUGCAGUGGAUGUUGAGAAUGAGGAUGCACGGGAUGUUGAGAAUGUAAGUGAAGGAUUGGAGGUUCACAAUAACGAUUUAUUGGAUGUUGACAAUGAGGUUUGGUUGGAUGUUGAGCAUGACGAUGCAUUGGAGGUUGAGAAGGAGGAUUCAGUGUAUAAUGAGGAUGUUCAGCAUGAGGAUGCAGAAGAUGAUGAGGUUACAGUGGAGGUUGAGAAUGAGGAUGAAGUUGAGGAUGUAAGUGAAGAAGCAUUAGAAGUGGAUACUGAGGCUGAAAUUGAGGUCGAAAGUGAAGAAGAAGUGGAAGUGAACAGUGAUGAUGCAGCAGGAAUGGAUGAUCUGAGUGGUGAUGAAUACGUGGAUGAUGAAGACAGUGAAAAAGAAACCCCACAAUGUAGGGGUUUGUCAGAUGAUGAUUGGGAGUCUGAUAAGCUUUUAACUCCUGAAAAUAGUGCAAGUGAGGAGGAUGACAAUGAUGAUACAAUAGAUGUAGGUUCUUUCUCAAAGUAUGCAAAGCAGAAGUCCAUGGCAGAUUACAAGUGGGAAGUGGGCACUAUUUUUACUGACAGGGAAGAGUUUAAGGAUGCUAUUAGAAGGUAUGCUGUUCAUGCUGGGAGGGAUCUAAAAUUUAUCAAAAAUGAUAAUCGUAGGGUGAGGGUGACAUGCAUGGGUGGCCAAGGUAAGUGCCCAUGGCUAGUUUAUUGUGGUUAUUUGCCGUCACGAAAAAUUUGGCAAUUGAGGAAGAUAAUUGAUACUCAUAGUUGUAGUAGACAACUUAAUAUUAAACUGAUGAAUGCUAAGUGGUUAAGUAAGGAAAUAGAUAGAUCUAUAGUUCAGAAUCCUAGUUUAAAGGUGAAUGAUAUUCGUUCUAAAGCAUUAAGAAAAUGGAAUACAAAUGUUUCAAUAUCCAAGGCAAGAAGGGCAAAGUUAAUUGCCACAACACAGGUUGAAGGAGAUUUCAUAGAACAAUAUAAAAGGGUGUACGACUAUGGACAUGAGCUGUUGAGGUGUAAUCCAGGGUCAACAGUGCAAAUUAAAGUUGACUCUCAUAAUGGUGACUCAAUCUUUCAAAGAAUGUAUGUUUGUCUCAAAGCUUGUAAAGAUAGUUUCAUAAGUUGUAGGCCCAUUAUAUGUUUAGACGAAUGUUUUUUGAAAGGUGUUUACAAGGGGGAGCUGCUGACUGUUGUUGGUAGGGACCCAAACGACCAAAUGGUACCCCUUACCUAUGCAGUAGUAGAAGUGGAGAACAAAGACAGCUGGACAUUGUUUUUGCAAUUGUUAAUUGAAGACCUCGGGGGCAGUCAAGUAUGUGGAGGGUGCACAUGGAUGUCAGACCAGCAGAAGGGGUUAGUCUUAGCUAUCCAAGAGCUUUUGCCUCGGGCAAAACAAAGAUAUUGUGUAAGGCACCUCUAUGCAAACUUUAGCAAAAGGUUUGGUGGGCAGGUAUUAAAAAAUCUGAUGUGGAGUGCUGCAACCACCACAUAUCCCCAGGCUUGGGAGAGAGAAAUGCUGAAAAUUAAAGAAGUCAAUGUUGAAGCAUAUAAAUACCUCAUAGCCAUUCCCCCAAGGUUUUGGUCAAGGUCUCGCUUCACAGCUCAACCAAUGUGUGAUACCCUUGAUAACAACAUCACUGAAGCUUUCAACAAUGUCCUCAUUCAUGCAAGAGGAAAACCAAUUAUCACAAUGAUGGAGGAUAUCAGAGUGUAUCUCAUGAAAAGGUGGGCCACAAACAGAAGCAAGGUGGCAUCUAUGGACUUCACAAUAUGCCCAAAGAUAAAGAAGAGGCUUCAGAAAGAAUGUAAUUUGUCUAGAUUUUGGCUGCCAAGCUGGGCUGCACGAAAGAUUUUUGAGGUUAGGCACACUUCAUGUGUUGGGAACAAGUUCACAGUGGAUCUGGACACUAAAGAGUGUAGCUGCAGAAAGUGGAUGAUCAGUGGCAUCCCAUGCUGUCAUGCAAUUGCAGCAAUGAAUUACUGUAAUGUUCAUCCAGAAAAUUUUAUACCCACUUGCUUCAGAAGAUCCACAUAUGAAGAGGUGUAUGCGUCCAUAAUUUUUCCACUCAAUGGUCCCCAACUAUGGCAAACCACAAAUUUCAAUGAUGUUCUACCACCACUGAUAAGGAAGAUGCCUGAGAGGCCAAAGAAAAAACGCAAGUUGGAGGCAUGGGAGUUAACUAAGGACGACACUCAAAUGCGUGUUGGAGGGCAUAGGAAAAAGUGUACCAUUUGUCGUCAGACAAAGCACAACAGGAAUAAAUGCCCUUUACGGCCCCAACCAGCAGAAGCAAACCACCCACCAGCAGAAGCAAACCACCCACCAGAAGCAACCCAGCCACCAAAACCAACCCAGCGAACACAAACAACCCAGUCACCAGAAACAACACAACCAACCCAGCCACCUCCAACUUCCCAAUCAUCCCGUCCACCAAAAUUCAGAGUCAGAAGAAAAGAUAGAUAG